CUCCCCCUCCUCCCCUCUUCGUCGUCCCAUCGUUCCCCUUCCUCCUCCCGCUCCUCCCCUUUCAAACCCCUCUCCCCCCUCCCUAUAAACCUAGGCGAGGGAGCGCCCGCAGACCACUCCCAGAGCCCAGAUCUAUCCAACCCCUCUUCCAUCGCCCCGUCGUCCUCGUCCAUGGCGACUCCGCCGUCGCCGCCGCCGCCCACGCGCGCCUCCUGCGGCUCUUUACUCCAGGAACUGCAGGAACUAUGGGGAGAGAUAGGCCCGGAUGAACUGGAAAGAGAUAGGAUGAUCUUGCAGUUGGAGGAGGACUGCCUCAAUGUUUACAGGAAGAAAGUUGAACAAACUAGAAAGCAAAAGGCAGACCUGCUUCAAGUGAUGUCCUUGGGCGAAGCUGAGAUAGAAAAGAUACUUUCUGCUCUGGGAGAGCGUGAAUCCUUUUCUAGGGUGGGGAAGCUUGGGGGUACAUUAAUGGAACAACUUGCAAAACUAGAGCCAGUUCUGGAUGAUCUGAGACGGCGGAGAGAUGAGCGCAUAAAUGAAUUUUUGGCUGUUCAGCUGCAUAUAGUUCGUCUACAAGCUGAGAUUUCAGGAACUAUUAAUCAUGGGGAUCCUGCAGCUCCUUUAGUGGAUGAGACUGACCUAUCUACAGGAAGACUGGCUGAACUGAAAACCCAGCUUAAUGAGCUCCAAACAGAAAAGAAUCUCAGACUGCAAAAGAUUGAUGGUCAGAUCAAGUGUAUUAAUGAAAUGUGCAACAUGAUGUCUCUUGAUCUUAAGAAGACAUUAUAUGAAGUUCAUCCCAGCUUUGUUGAAUUGGAAAGAAUCAAAUCCAUGAGUAUAAGUGAUAGCACACUUGAUAGGCUUGCAGGAAAACUUCACGCACUAAAUCAAGAAAAGAAACAGAGGCUGCGGAAGCUACAAGAUCUUGGAAGCACACUCAUUGAGUUAUGGAGUCUAAUGGACACACCAUUAGAUGAACAGAAAUGCUUUGAUCAUGUUACCUCUUUGAUUUCAGUCUCACCCAAUACAGUGAUGCCCCAAGGAUGCCUUGCACAUGACCUUAUUGAGAAGGUAGAGGUUGAGGUCAAGAGGCUGAAGCAUUUGAAAGCUAGCAAAAUGAAAGAGCUUGUCUUAAAGAAAAUGACUCAGCUUGAAGAAAUCUACAGAAGUGUUCACAUGCAUAUUGACAGCGAUCAUGAGUGGCGGAUUCUCACUGAGCUUAUUGAUUCUGGUAGAGCAGAUCUCUCAGAGCUGCUUACAGAUAUGGAUGACCGAAUUGCAGAAGCAAGAGAUCUUGCUCUAAGCAGAAAGGACAUUCUAGAAAAGGUGGAAAAAUGGACAUCAGCAACUGAAGAGGAGGGUUGGCUCGGUGAAUAUGAGGGGGAUCAAAAUCGCUAUAAUGCUGGUCGAGGAGCUCACAUAAAUCUCAAGCGCGCGGAGAAGGCAAGGGUAUUGGUCAGCAAAAUUCCAUCCCUGCUGGAGAAUUUGACUACUAAAGUUAAUGCUUGGGAAAAGGAGAAGGGCAUGCCAUUUAUGUAUGAUAAGAAGAGGCUUUUGGAUAGCUUAGAAAAAUACACCUCUGAAAGACAACAAAAGGAAGAGGAAAAACGUCGAUCACGGGAACUUAAGAAACUACAAGAACAGUUUGCAGCAGAACAAGGUGCGCCAUAUGGAGCAAAGCCUAGUCCUAUGCGCCCGCUUUCGGCAAGGAAACCUCUUGGGCAGAGUACUAAUGUCAACAUUGUUGGUGGAACUCCUAACAGCCGGCGUGUGACUACCCCAGUUUCACGCAAGGGAGGCUUGUCUUGUGGAAAAAUGAAGGAUACUGGCAAGACAGCUGCUUCUAUACCGGCAAAUUAUGUUUCUCUUCCCAAGGAUUGCUCAGACAAUUCUUACAUGUGAAAAUGUAACCACCUCCAACAAGUUGGCCUCUAGCCUGUACUUUCAUACGUUUGGUCUCAUAUAGGUUAACUGCUUGUUAAUGCUUGAAUUGUUUGAAUCGUUGAUCUUAACUUCUGAUGCAAAACCUGUUUCUGCUCCCGCACAAUGCUUCUGCAGAAUAUCCCUAAAAAAAUGCGUCUGCAGAAUAGAAACUCGAUAUCUCAGA